AUGACAACCAAAUUGGCAGACCAGAAUCCAGUACAUCAGCCAACUUCACCGGCAGCAAACUUUGACAUCGUGGCUGAUAAAGUCAUCAUGCGUGUUGAGGAAGUGACAGCACAGAAGGAAAUCAUCGAAUUGCCGGGAACAGGGGGAUCUGUGCAACAAUAUGAGAUUUCCAUCAAGCACUACUGUAAUGCCAUAUGUAUCAAAGUGGACACUGAUACCCUGGACAAAUUCUAUAACCUUGUUCACCCGGAGGAAGUUGAAACCGUACCGCAAAUUAUUCAGGCUCCAUCCUGUGGAUAA